AUGGAAGCGCUAUCGGCAUCGCGCAUGCUGCCAGAGGAGGCGGUGAGCGGCAUGCGGGAGGGGCUGGCGAGGCAGCAGAGGGACGAGCUGCCGGUGCUGGCGGGGCCGGACAAGAUGGUGGGCGAGCAGAUCAUCGCGUAUGCCCUGCAGUUCUUCCCUGGAGAAGAGCUGCUGGUGCUGGCAGGGCCUGACAAGAUGGUGGGCGAGCAGAUCAUUGCGUAUGCCCUGCAGUUCUUCCCUGUGAGUGCUGGGAUUCUUCUCAGUGAAAUGGUUCUGGCACUGCAAGAGAGGGCAGGGGCAGGGGGCGCAGCAGCAGCAGGUGCAGCAGCAGCAGGGGGGAGCUCCCUGUGGAGUCAAGUGACUGGGCUGGUGGAUGGGCUGGGGCGAGGUACAGCAGAGGGAGCAGACGGAGCAGUGGGAGGGGGAUCAGGACGGGAAGGGGGAGGGGGGAGUGCUGCUGCUGGCGUGUCUAUGGGAGGGGAGGGGGACGGUAUGCCAGCCACAGCAGCAGGAGCAGGAGGAGCAGGGCCAGCUGCAGGAGCAGGAGGGGCAGUGGCAGGAGGUAGUGUGGCGGCAAGGCAGGAGGAGGUGCGGAGGAGGGCGGAGCAGGAGGGGGUGAGGGAGUGGACGGCGGUGCAGCUGAACAGUGCCGAGGGGCCGCUCGUCAUCAAGUGCGGGGCCACCCACCACCUCCAACUCGCCAUUAAAUACUCUUCCGCUGAUGCUGGUGCUGGUGCUGGUGCUGGUGCUGCUGCUGCGUUUGCAGCUAAGACUACAUCGGGGUCUCUCGAACCGGACACUCUUUCCAUCCUACCUGACCCAUCUUCCCUCUCCGGACUCUCUCUUGACCGGAUUCGGUCGGUGCUCUCGCCGCUCCUCCCUGCUCCCAUCGUCCACGUCAUCGUUGCCAAGUCAGCAAACGCCACACGGGCGCGCUACGGCCGGAUCCACUCCACCCUCGCCGCCCGCGUGCCGGUCCUACGUGGCGCUCCCAGCAGCACCGGCCCCGCCACGUCACGCGCUGCGGAGUCGCCGACCACUGUCGCGCGGCCAACUGGCAGCUACAGUGCCGCGAGCACUCCCGGGCGGGGCGUUUCGUCUGGUGUGGGAUGGGGAGGCGGCGUGAAAGGGGGGAGGAGGAGCACAGGAGUAGGGGGCGUGGGGGGGUCGAUAGGGGGGCGAGGGGAUGUGGUAGAGCUUGAAGGGAGGAGCUGGUCCAGAGGGGCGUCUCUUGCCAACUCGGUUGCUGCCACUCCUAUUUCCUCAAGCCCCUUGCAUGGGCCGAUGCGAGGGGGAUCAGGCAUGGUGGGAGGGAGUGUGCGGAUGAGUUUAGAUGCCGGUGCUGGUGGGGAAGUGGGAGGGGGAGCGGUGGGAGGGAAGUCUCUAAAAAAAAGCUCGAGCAUGCAUGAGUUUCCGGAUGGCUUGUAG